AUGUCAUGUAUCGAUAUCGAGGACAAAUAUGCUAAGAAGCUCGAUCGCCUCGGUACUACCGGCCGAGGUCCAAUUCUUCCAUUUUCCGAAAAAAAGGACUAUCAUCCAGAAGUGAACAUACAAUAUGUUGAUGACAAAGGACGAGUAAUGGACCAGAAGGAUGCCUAUCGAGAACUAUCUUACAAAUUUCAUGGCCGUAAUCCAGGAAAAAAGCAGACUGAAAAGAGGAUAUCAAGACGAGACAAGAAGGAAUUGUUGAAACAGAUGAACAGUUCCGACACUCCUCUUGGUACCUUAUCUAAACAGCUCAAGAAGCAGGAACAAUUACAAACACCAUACCUCGUGCUCAGUGGAUCUGGACGAAGUGACCAGUAAGU